CAAGAAGAAGAGUCAUUUCAGAAAUAGUAAUAGAUUAUCUGAAAAUGUGAGUGUUUAUUUUAAGGAUGGCGUUUAUUCGGUCUCAGAGUGACUUUGCACAAGAGAAUUUAACAUCUGAUGAAGAAACGUUGCCAGAUUUUGAGGAAGUUAUCGUAAAAUCAGAGGACGAAAUCGAUGAUCCACCAACUCCGUUGGAUGUCAACCGGCGAGAUCUCCAACAGCAUGGCGUUUGGAAAGAGGAUGCUCUGGCUGAUCCUCUCCACAGCCACGAGAGGAACCUCAGUUUGGACCAGGAGGAGCCAGAACUGCAGAUAAAAGAGGAAGAGAUGGAGCUCCGCAUCUGCAGAGAUGAAGAGCAGCUUGUGCUGAAGGAGGAUUCGGAUGCCUUUACAGUGACUCCUACUGAUGAGGAACCAGAACCAAACUGGUUCCAACUCGUCUCCCAGGACUCUCCUGAAGUGGAUAACCAGGAUCAGGGAGGAAGCGAUUCAGAAGAGUCAGGGUCAAAGAGUGAUGAAGAGCAAAUGCUGAAUGUGUGGGAUGAGAAUACCCGGCUGGAUCGUCGGUAUUCUGUGGCGUCACAGCAGGAGGAGCACAGCACUCACAAAGACAAGAAGCAAUAUUCAUGUAACCUGUGUGAUAAAAGCUUUUCUCAAAACAGCAACUUGACUAUACACAUGAGAAGUCACACAGGGGAGAGGCCUUUCUCAUGUGACACUUGCGGCAAAGGUUUUACCACAAAAUCAAAUUUAACUCUUCACUUGAGAACUCACACUGGUGAGAAGCCUUUUCCAUGUGCGACCUGUGGAAAAAGCUUCAGCCUUAAAUGUAUUUUAAUCGAACACAUCAGAACCCACACGGGGGAGAAGCCUUUUCCAUGUCCGGCCUGUGAGAAAUGUUUUCCCUCAAAGAACCAUUUGAAUAAGCAUAUGCGAAUCCACACAGGCGAAAGGCCUUUCUCCUGCCUGACCUGUGGAAAAAGGUUCAGUCUAAAGUGUAAUUUAACCGAACACAUGAGGACUCACACUGGUGAGAAACCAUUUCAGUGUUUGGCCUGUGAAAAAAGUUUUAACUCCAAAAAUCAUUUAAACAAGCACCUGAGAAUCCACACAGGGGAGAGACCUUUCUCCUGCGCGAUCUGUGCAAAAAGGUUUUCUCAGAAGAGCUGUUUAACGGAUCACAUGAGAACUCACACGGGGGAAAAGCCUUUUCUGUGCGAUAUGUGUAAAAAGGCCUUCAGCCUCAGAAGUAGUUUGAAUAACCACAUGAGAAUUCAUACAGGAGAGAAGCCCUUUUCAUGUCACACUUGUCAGAGAACGUUUGGUCUAAAGAGCCGUCUGAACAGACAUAUGAGAUCCCACACGGGGGAGAAACCUUUUACAUGCAACGCGUGUACGAAAACAUACAGCCUGAAGAGUAGUUUGACUAAACAUAUGAAGACUCAUAUUAGCUAGAAGCAUCUGCUCUGUGUGAUGUGUCAGAACCAAGCGGUAGCAGCUUUUUACCAUGAAAACUCAAGUUUGCUUGUCGGUUUCGUGGGGAAGACUUUCAGUGGUUUUACUGUCCACUUGAAAAAUUACACAGAUGAGAAUGUGGAAUGUGAGUUUUGAUAAAUUUUCCCAUAUUGAGGUGUUUUAAGUUGAUUAUUUAACAAAUUAAAGUCUGGAGAAGCAGAAGUAUUGUUUUAAGGAAAAAACUGAAUUCAACCAUUCACUGAAUUUCAGACCACUGAAAUUCAGACAAGAGAAGUUUGCUUCAAAGUCAAUCUGAAAUCAUCCUUCCCAAAGUCGAAUUAAAACUUGCAGGUAGAAAGAAUUGGAAAACAUCUGAGAUGGAUGUGGAAGAUCUCUGUUUCCGCAUCACAAUCUCAGUUUAAUAAAAGAAUAGAGACAAAACGUAGGCUAAAAUGUUAGUACAGAUGUUUCUCUACAACAUCGAAACUGCUAUUGCUAUUUUGUUACCUUACACAUGUACCAAAGUUUGCAAUAAGAUUUGAAGUAAUGUUUUAAUAUUUUGUUGGAAAUUAGUUCUGAGACUUAACAGGUUACAUGACUAAUUCCCAAAGUGGGAACGCUAUCCUUAGAAGGGGAG